AGUCAGGCACGGUUCGGUUUUCAAAAGAGGAACUUCUUCCCUUGUGGCGGUUUCCAGGCCAAAAGAAGUUGGAAAUCUUCCCCAGAACACUUUAAGAGAACUGCAUCAGACUCCGACUUAAUCUGGCCCAUCAGACUUAGGACAUCACCGGGAUAUACCGUUGUGUUUGACAACAGCAGAACUGCAGCAGAAAAAACUCAUGGAGAAGAAGGAAAAGGAGCUGAGAGAUGCCGCCGGGCGAGGUGAGGAGGACAGAGUUAAACAGCUCCUGGCUGAGGGAGUCAAUGUCAAUGCUGCCAGUUAUGAGAGAUGGACUGCUCUCACCUUUGCAUCACACUACGGCCACACAGGAACUGUACAGGCUUUACUCACAGCUGGAGCGACAAUCAACACACGAACCAACAUGAAUGAGACUCCCCUUCAUCAUGCAGCAAAGAGAGGACACCCCGAGUGUGUCAGAGUACUGCUGAGGGCUGGAGCCAACACUAUUAUUAGGAACGAUGACAAUUAUAAUAAGACAGCAAAAGAAGUUGCAGUACAAGAGGAUGUGCAGCAGGUGUUCCAGGUGUUUGAAGCUCUUCAACCAAAAGUUGUUGAUGGCUUGCUCACUAUUGACCUCCGUGGUAGAGGACUGACCUCCGUGCCAGCCGACGUGUUUGACAACAGAGAUGUCGAACAUCUUGUCCUGUCUAACAACAGGCUGAAGAGCAUACCUGAGGAGAUAGGGCAACUACAGAAGCUUCAGAGGCUUGAACUUGACAACAACCUUCUGACACAACUGCCCCAGGCAAUCACCACUCUACCCAACCUACAGGUCAUUGACUUGUCACACAACAAGUUGGAAACAUUGCCUGAUGGAUUCUCCAGGUUAAAACAACUUCAGCAUCUCAACAUCCAGAACAAUGUAUUCAAAGAGAUACCAGAGGAAGUCUGUUCACUUCUUCAACUCAGGUUCUUGGACGUGGGAGACAACCCCCUCAAGUGUCUUCCUGACAAGAUAUCUCAGCUCAAAGAACUGCUAAGGCUUCAUAUAAAUGAUUGUCAGUUUGAUGAGUUCCCCAGACAGGUGCUGCAGCUGGAGGGUCUAAACACGCUAUACAUGGGGAACUGGGCUGGGCAGGGUAAACCUUCACUUGUUCCUGAAGACAUCGGCAGACUGAAGAGCCUACAAGUCUUAGAUCUGGAGAAUAGUGGCCUGGAGUCAUUACCGGAUGGUGUUGGGGAACUGUCAGAACUGUUGGAGCUUAACAUUGCUGGAAACAUAUUCAAAUCAGUUCCUGAACAAGUCAUGAGCCUGUCCAACAUCAGGGAGCUCAACUUGUCACGUAACAGAAUUUCCCGCCUUCCCUUGAAUCUGGGCCGAAUGACCCAAAUUAUGAUCGUGGUCAUUGGAGUCAACCCCCUGAUAUAUCCCCCUCCUGAUGUCUGUAAGAAAGACACAGCCGCCAUCAUGGACUUCCUCAGAAGAGAGCUUAAGAAAAAGGAAGAUAAAGAACUGAGGAAGCUCUUCUCCCGUUUCUCGAAAAAUGUGACCAAAGCACACGAGGUGGAAGAUCUGGCCGGAGCACUUGGGCUUUCCACAGAUGAGGCUUCAAAGACCCAAACACCAAGUUCCCAGGCCAACAAGGUACUGUUGAAGUGGAUGGAGACAGACAGUGAAGCAUCCAUGGACAAGCUUCAGCAGGAGCUGAGUGACUUUGGCAUGGACCGUCUGGCAAAGGAGGCAGGCAGGGUUAAGGUCAAACCAGUUAAGCGGCCAGCAGAUACAUCAGGUGGGCCACCAGCCAAGCAUCUGGCAGCCGGAGGGUCUUCUGGUGACGGGCAGCAGGAGGACAAGUGGGCACAGCUGAUGGAGGAAAACAACACGUUGAAAGCCGAGGUAGAAAAACUACGAGGCCAGAAGUCAACAAGUCAAGAUGGAGCUGAGCAUCCUGUGGCCAAGUCUGUGCUGAUGGUUAGCCAUGAGUAUGGUAAAUUUCAUGGAGGUCCUUCUACCACGAACCAUCAGGUUGCAAAGUUUCUGCAACAGCAUGGUGCUACAGUUCAUGCUACGGCUCUGCAAGCAUCUGAAGAAGACAAGAAGUGUGCCAAAGAGGAUGGUAUCAUUCUGCAUCUGCCUGCCCGCCAUCCCAGGGACCUGAGGCCACCAUGUCCUGAAUGGUUGACUUUUGACCACAUCAGUCGUUACCCAGACAUACCACAGGAUCUGAAGUGCAUUGUGGGCCAUGCAGAUGUCACAAGUGGAGCUGCAAAGAGCAUACAAGAGAACCGCUGUCAACACGCAAAAUUGGUCCUUUUUAACCACGACAUGCCAGAAGACACAGAGUACUACAAGGAAACUAAGGAGGCGAUGGCUGCAGGGAAGAAGAUGGAAGACAUCCUCGAGGAUGCCAAGAAUGCAGAUGCCGUGUUCUCAUUGGGAGGAAGAAUCUACGAUCACUUCGAGACAAAGUACAGGUCUCUUGGAGAAAGCAAACCAAGAGAACACUUCUUGUUUCUUCCAAGACCAUCCCCAGUGUUUGAAGCCAUCUCUGUCAGACCAGGAGGAGGACAGAAAGUCGUGCUGUCUGUCGGGAGAGUGACCAAAGUGGACAAGCUGAAAGGCCAUGACCUGGUAGCACAGUCCAUGGGGCAGGUUGCAGAGAAGAUUACAAAUGUCAGUUUGCGUGUUCGUGGGAUAGAUGAAAAUGACUGGGAAGCAAGCAAGAGAAUCCUGGAGGAGAAUCUGCACAGUGGUAAGAUCAAACCCACACUACUGCCGUGUGGAAGCCAGGAGGACAUCGCUCAGGACAUGCAGCAGGCCCACCUGGUCCUGAUGCCGUCCCGUGCCGAGCCGUUCGGACUGAUCGGUCUGGAGGCCAUCGCAGCAGGCAUCCCCGUACUCAUCUCUGACAAGUCAGGUCUAGCAGAUAUGAUCAGGGACUUGAUUGAGGAGAAGAAAUGCCAUCCAGACAUGAGGCACAGGAUCGUGAAAACAAGCGUGAGGGAGUCCGACCAAGAUGUCACCGCAAAGUUAUGGGCAGAGAAGAUCGUUGAUACCUUGAAGUACUCUGACUUUGAAUUUGAGAAGGCAGCAGAGUUCAAGAACAAGCUGUUGGAGUCCAAGUACUGGGAAGAAUCACACCAAAACCUGCUGCGGGUCUGUGGAUUGAUUGACUGAUCAUGUCCUCUCAGCCAUGCAUCAGGUUUUGCAUCACUGAUUGUGAUGCACAGACUUUUUUAAUGUCAUUUGUACUGCAUGUGUGUGUUUAUGUGCCAAAGUCUGACUUUUUGCAUUACUUGACAGUGUCCUCAUCUAUUAGUUGCCAGGACAUCAUAGAUGUAUUGUGUGUAUGAUGAAAAAAAUAUGGAGUGUUAGUUCACAUGAAACGUAGUAUUAUACAUUUUUAAACAAUGUAUGAUAGAAUAUAUACAGUACUGAAGAGUAGCUACAUAGAUGGUUUAUUGGUAUCAAUUAAGUAUUUGUACAUUGUACAUUACAAACAUGAAAUGCAACAUUUCUUACUCCUGACAUAAUAAUUGUUGGCCAUGAGUUGAUAGUACAUACAGGACUCUGUACAAACAAUAUCUAUGCAUGCCUUGACUUUCAUGACACUUUGAUGUGCUUAGGGUGACCUUUAAUGUUGCUGUUGUUACUGAGGGUGUACAGUUCUCUAACCCAAACAAACCAACUGUGAAAGCAACAACACUGAUGUUUUGUGCACCUUUCAAUAUGGCUACUUUCUUAUGGCUUUGAAAUUACACAGAUAAAUCACACAAUAGUACAA